AUGGCGCGAGAUGAGCGCUUCUCGUGGUGCCCAGUGCUGCUGGUGAUAGCCCUGUACACCGGCAGCGUGCUGCUCUUCACCACCUCAAUGCUCUCCACCUCCACGGUGAUGCGGACGGUGGCGACAGAGCCCUGCUGUGACACGAAAGUGCCGCCGGCAGAUCAGGUGGUACUCAUCUUGAUCGAUGCCCUGCGGCCCGACUUUGUGCUGUCCUCCCUGCGCCCCUUCGCCCGCACGGGUGGCCAAUGCACCGUGCACGAGGACGCGCUGGGGCGCCAGCGCGUGGACGGGGUCUACACCGGGCCAACGCUGCACUACAUGGAGGAGUCGCUGCGCUCGAGACGGUCGGCGUCCGUGGCGUUCUUCCUCGUUGCAGACGCCCCAACGACGACGGCGCAACGCAUCAAGGCGAUCGCCACGGGCACGAUGCCCGCCUUUCUCGAGGCCGGCUCCAACUUCAACAGCGAGGCAAUCGAGCUGGACAGUAUUCUCCGUCAAGUGAACGGUAGCGCUGUACUGCUGGGCGACGACACGUGGGAAAAGAUGUUUCCUAACACACCAACGCGACGCCACUGGAAGAGGGCGGUCGGCAUUCCUUCUUUCGACGUCGCCGACUUCGACACGAAUGACAAUGCCGUGCUGGCGGAGGUGUACAGCGUGCUGACAGCCGAGACGCCAGAGGCCGUGUCACGGGUCAGGGUCACCCCCCAUGCGGAGGCAGAGGAGCAGGAAGGGCACGCGCGGCUCGUGGUGGCGCACUUCCUCGGCAUCGACCACGUCGGCCACCGCGUCAACUCCGACAACCCGUUCAUGAAUGGCAAGAUCCUGCAGCUGGACCAGAUGCUGCGCAACGUCAGCCGCACGUUGCGGGAGCGGGCGACGUCGAUGAACACAAUGUUGCUAGUGCUAGGCGACCACGGUAUGACGAACAGCGGUGACCACGGUGGUGACUCGGCGCAGGAGACGGACACCUUCUUGUUCGCCGAGUAUUUCCCAGGCACGGACGCAGGCGCGACGCACGCGCAUACGCGGUCGUCGCCCGGGGCGAGCUUGGCGAGAGCGCAGGCGCUCAUCGAGCAACGCUGGCGAGAUGGUGUGGACGCUGAGUUUGACCGACUCCGCAGCUGCCACCGACGUGCUGGGGUGCCGCGCGACCGACUUGGCGCGACGUAUCAGGUCGAUGUAACGACCACUGUGGCUGUGCUCUUGGGAAGACCCAUUCCGUACUCGAACUUUGGCCGCGUGAUCCCUGAGGUCAUGGUGCUGGCAAACUCCUCUGCCGACAUCGACGCCGUCGAACGGUGCAAUCUGCGCCAGCUGCAGCGUUACUUCAAGGAGUCGGAGAUGAAGGUGCCACGGGACGCCUCGUGGACGAGGCCGGGGAUAUCCGUCACGCAGAAGCUAGCUGACAUGAGCCUCUACGCUCGCCGCACCCGCACGGACAUGAACCGCCUCGGCAUGUUCAUCGGUUCCACCGGGUUGCUGCUGUGCGCCAUGUCCCUCCUGUGGUCCCCAACCAUCCGCGCGCACGUUCUGCCGUGCAGCGGUGCCGGCUGGUUUAUGCGGUGGACAGCUCUCACGCUGCUGCUCCGGCUGUGCUCGGUGUUCUCGAACAGCUUCGUCGUGAACGAAGACUCGGAGGUGCUCGGGCUGCUGAGCUCGCUCCUUAUGUUCCUGCUGGUCUCUCGGGUAUGGGAGUCGUGGUCGCAGCGCCGAUCGAGCCGCGCAGGUCCGUCGUCUGCCGGCGACGGCGCCAAGCUCGCCACUGCGCAGCAGUCGUCUCGUUUGACCGCACUUGACGGUACCUGCUGGGUUGCCACCAUUCUUCCGCGCGAGACAAUCUUCCUCGGCCUUCUCGUUGUCGGACUGCGACUCGGCGUGCCAAUGCUGCUGCGCUACCGCGCCCACAUCACGCACACGGUGGACACGGAGAGCGCUGUGGACCGCGCGCUGCUCACGUUGCCGGCGGGGCUGCGGUUUGAGCGAGUAGGCAUUGUUUUCGGUGGCAUCGCCUGGUCUGCGUUGUACCCGCACCAUGUGGGACGCACAACUAUGGUCUUCACAUGUGCUUGUCUGGCACUAGUCUACCAUGUUCCUGUAGCCCACCAUGUCGUGCCGCUCCUCUGUAUUGCCGCUUACCCACUGACAUGUAAGUGGGCGUCGUCGUCGUGGGUCUUGCAGCGCCGCCCUCGUAGUCGAAUGGCAUCAUUAGCCGCCACCUCUGGUCACACCGCCUAUGCGUACCUCGUCACGGUGCUAUGGCUGAGCUCGUUAUGCAACGAGCGGGUGGGGACGGCGAUUGUUGUGGCGCUGUACGGCGCCAGUCUCCCAUUUCUGUGCUGCUUGCUCCGCGUCGAGCCGGUACUCACGCAGGGUGUCGUGCUGCACCUCUCCGCUUUCGUCGCCUUCUUCGCUGAAGGCCACCAGUGCAUGCUGAAUACGAUCGACUGGAGCUCGUCACUUGUAGGAAUGCCCGGUUACAACAUGUAUGCGGGCGGCGCACUGGUGCUCAGUCGCACCUUUCACACUUUCAUGCUGGUACCCUUUGCCCUGCGCGCGUGGCCUGGCGCCGCCGCCGCUGCCGCCGUGGCAAAGGAGAAAGGCAGCCAUAUCGACGGUGCGGCGUGUGAGGAGGCGAGGAAGGGACAUACCACCGCCACCACCGUGGCACUCUCGAUGCCCGCGCCGCGAGCGGGAGUCUCCGCCACUGUUGUUAUAACCGUGUAUACGUAUCUCAUGCUGGCGCAGUCCGCCAUCUCCUGUUUCAACGGGUACGUUCAGAAGGCGCACCUCAUGCUCUUCCCAGUCUUCUGCCCCAAGCUGCUCUUCGACGGCGUCAUUGCUCUGCUGACUUGCGCAGCAGCGCUGCUUGCACUCAUUCAUCCCACUCCUUCCAGGCAUUGCGUUGUUUUCCCCCGCUGA